AUGGGAGAUUGGCUGGCGAACGCGCCUAUGCAGCCACAUUGUUUCAUAAAACUGAACAAAUGUCAAGCACAGUCUAAACAGCAGCAGCAGGAUGAGGCGGAGGAGGAGGAGGAGGAGGAGGAGGAGGAGAAGGAGGAGGAGAAUGAGAAUAAUCAGUCAGUUGAAGAGCCUAGCAGGAAAUAAUUUGCGAUAAUUCGUCGAUAUUAAAACACUAAUUUUUUGAAGAUGAAUAUUAGCUCACCGUAUCAGGUGUAAUUAAGUGCUGACGUUUCGAAGAGCUGGAUCGGCUUUUCAUUGUAAAAGCGUUAAAUGCACUUAGUCGAUCUGAAAUCUAAUUUAAAGUGGCAUGCUGUGUUGGCCGGCCUCAUGCUGAUCGAUUUUUCUCUCCUCUACGCUGCCUCGGCCUCUCGGGUGGUGGUUGGCGGGCGUUUUGCCUGUGUGCUUUGUGAGUCACGACUCCGUCGAAGGGAGCUGAUUGGACAUUUGACGGGCGGUCGGUCUGGCGGUUCCUCUUCUUCCUCACCGAGUAAACUCAGCGUCGGUCUAUCUGCGUACUGCCUUCGUAAGUCCGAUGUGGUUUUUGGUCCUGAGCUCUACGAUUGUGAUGACGUAGGACUUUGUAAGCUGCCGGGAGGUCCAGAUGCCUGUUGAUAGAGUGGACAUGGAAAAACCACGCCUCGAGAGUUAGCCGUUCUGUUUUUGCGUUGCCUCGGCCUAAGAUGGUAGCCCGCUGGAUGUCAAAAGUAUGCCCCGUUUCUCCAACGGGGGUUUGCCAGUUGAGAGUUAGGGUCUAACCUCCGAGUGGCCGAUUUGUGUUCUUGUAGGCGAGUUUGCGAUCUCCGCCCAGUUUCGCCCACAUAGUUGCAGGCGUCCUCAUUGCAAUUUAUUUUGUAGAUGACUGCUAAGCUUUCAGCGGGUGGCAAUGGGUCCUUAGGCGACGUCGAACUGUGCUUGUGUCGAUGGGCUAUGCCUACUCUGGUGGAUUGUAAUAGUCGCGAAACCGCUUCAGAGACCACUUUAAAGUAAGGAAUGUCCCUCCAGACUUCGGGUUGCUGCUCAUUUAGCCGUCGUCCUAACGCCCAACGUCUGCUUCUCUCGAUGAAGUGUCUGGGAUAACCAAUGGCUGCAAAUAGGUUCACAAGGUACAAUCGUUCGCCCCUUUUAUCUUUUGGCGUGCUGUAGUGUGUUUCGCGAAACCGCUUCAGAGACCACUUUAACGUAAGAAAUGGCCCUGUACGCCGGACUUAUAAGGCCGUAUGGAGAUAGCCCGAAGCUGAGUUUACUCGGUGAGGAAGAAGGGGAACCGCCAGACCGACCGCCUGACAAACAUCCAUUCUGCUCCCCUCGACGGAGUGGUGACUCACAAAGCACACAGGCAAAACGCUCGCCAACCACCACCCGAGUGGCCGAGGCAGCGAGAGGAGAGAAAAAUAGAUCAGCAUGAGGCCGGCCAACACAGCAUGCCACUUUAAAUUAGAUUUCUGAUCGAUUAAGUGCAUUUUACGCUUUGACAAUGAAGAGCCGACCCAGCUCUUCGAAACGUCGGCACAUAAAUACACCUGUUACGGAGAGCCUUUCUUCAUCUUCAAAUAAUUAACCCGGAUAUCUCAACUUUGCCAAUCUGAACAGAUUUUUUGAGCCUUCAGUGCUCCGUGCAGCGCGCCGUUGGGAAAAAUUCGCCCUGCGGAUUGCGUCAUCUCAAGCACAACUGCCUUUCCACCAACGUUGCCUUGACAACCAAUUGACCCCAAAUUGCUUCACUUACACGCCUCCUGUGUAUUCUGCUCUGGCAAGGGAGACUGUAGCCCCACUUGGCAGAAGAAUGACAAAAGUGCUCAUUCACGAUUGCCAUCAAAGAAUAAAACCCUACAAUUUAGAGAUGGACCAGUCUAAGUGUUAUCUCUGGAGAGCUGUCAGUGAAGAAUCGAAGAAUAUGGAGCUGACCAUUCUCAGACAUGCUCAGAAUAUACGUGUCAAAAACGGCAAGGAAUUAUCUAUAAAAUUGGAAAAACUUCGAGUACCAAGCUCCGACAACUCGUCAGGCGUCCUUGUCCACAACCUUUCAUCUGAAACCCUUACAGACACACAACUCGCAAUUCUGGAACGUGAAGCCACUUUUAACACAGGAGAUGCUUCGUCAGAGUGUUUAUUGCCGCAUUCGAGUCUGUUUUUCAAUUAACAAAGGCGUCAGAAAAGACGAAAGAUUUAAUCCGUCACCAAACCUCCUCGUUGCUAAUGCGACACAGGAGGUGCGAAACUCUUGGCAAUAUGGAUCAGCGAGAACUGAAAAGCCUAAAAGCAAACAAGGACAUAAUUAUUCUGCCAGCUGACAAAGGACGUUCGACAGUUGUGCUGGACAAAUCGGAUUACCAGAACAGGGUAGAGGACUUACUGGAAGACCAGCAUUCACACAAACAAUGCCGUGCCUUCGAAAUGAAUAAUCUAAUCACUCGGAUAAACAAAGGCCUAAGAAAUCUCAGGGCCAAGGAGGCGAUUACACACAACGAAUGGUUCUCCAUGAAACCCACUGACACCGCCACGGCUCGUUUCUACGGUCUACCGAAGGUGCACAAGGCAAAUGUCCUGCUCAGGUCAAUCGUAUCCCCUCGUGGCACUCCGACGUUCAGUUUAACAAAAUGGAUGUUCGGUCGUCUUAAGUUUUUGGCCGAAGGCUCACCAACAAGAGUAGCAUCUGCGCAUCAAGUCCUCGAACGCAUAAAACAUCUGGAGUUAGAGCCAGACGAGUCCAUGGUAUCCUUUGAUGUCGUUUCGCUCUUCACUUCCAUUCCACAGCAACUAGCGAUGGACGUUGUGGACCAACUACUGGCAGAGCGUUAUGAGGAGAGAGACAAACCCCUGAAGUCUGAGCAUCUGCUCGAGCUUCUGCGAUAA